GCAAAAUGUACGUUCUGAAGGUGAUCGUACCGUUACUGCUGAUGUUGUUUCUUUCGCAUACAGGCCGAAGCGACAAUCCUCAUAACGCCACACAUAGGUUCCUGCCAGGGUUUGCAUACGAGAUGAUUGCAAACAAAUUGGAGUACAUGCAGGACAAACUGAACGAAAUGGAAUCCGCUAUAAAGGAGGAUCGGAAGCUCAUCGAUCAGCAAACUGACGCAAUUCACGCAAAUCACGCACAGAUGAAGGAGGACAUGCAAUUGCUCGUUCGGAAGUUCGUCGAUGCGCAAACUCAGUCAAACAAAGCGCUCAUUGAGGCAGCCAACGCUAACCAAGCAAAGAUGAGGGAGGAGAUCCAACUGCUCGCUCGCAAGUGUAUUGAUCAUCAGACUGAGACAUUUGAAACUAAUAACGCACAGAUCCGGGAGGAGAUUCAGCAGCUCGCGUCAAAGAAAGAUCUUGCUCGGUUUAUGACCAUUUCCGGCUUGAACCUUCACAGUAUUUCGUUUGAAUCAUGCAAAGAAAAUAUAUUGAAGCGAUCGGGUCAAUAUCUAAUACAACCUACUGAGAAAAAUAAACCGUUUCGAGGAUAUUGUGAGCAGACUGCUUUCGGAGGAGGUUGGUUAGUGUUCCAGUAUCGUUACGAUGGAUCGGUGGACUUUUACCGCAAUUGGGCCGACUAUCGGAAUGGGUUUGGCAGCAUGGAUGGAGAGUUCUGGCUAGGGUUGGAGCAUUUACAUCGCAUAACAUCGGCACGAAAGCACGAGCUGCUGGUAGAACUGAAAGACUUUGAAGGAAACUACAUGUACGCACGGUAUGAUGAGUUCGCGAUCGGCAGUGAGGAGGAGCAAUAUCCGUUAGCAAAGCUCGGAUCGUACACGGGAACGGCAGGAGACUCAUUGAUUGGCCACAAGGGCAUGAAGUUUACGACGAAGGAUCGGGACAACGACUUGGCAAGAUCAAACUGCGCUAGUAACUGGAAGGGAGCAUGGUGGUACAACGCAUGUCACGGUGCAAAUCUUAACGGACUGUACAGGAACAGUGUGAACGGAGAAAAUAUUGUUUGGAACGCUUACAAAAGGUACUGGGGUUUGGCAUACUCAAGAAUGAUGAUUCGCGAGAUCUAA